AUUAGUAUCCGUAUGGUAUCCGUCGUGCAGUUUCGUCACUGGCGUUUGUCAUUACUCGGUGUUAUUCUUUAGUAUUCGUUUUACGACUAGAUGGUUGUUAGGUGGUCAGUGCUGUGUUGUAGUGAUUUGGUGAACAAUAUUUUCGUGAUUUUGUUUGAGUAUUUUCAAGGAUUUACGCUAUAAUUCUUGUCAGUUUGGUUUACAAGGGUUCUUUCUCAUCCUGAUGUUAAAAUUUGCAACAAAAUGAAAGAAGAAGUCUUGGCUGCUGUUAUGUUUCUUAUCCGCUUCAUAGAAAAAAGCGAAACUUUUCCUAGGAAUCAAAUAGAAAAUUUUAAGACUCACUUAACUGCACUUCUCAUGAAAAGGUUUGAGAAGCAUUGGUUUCCUGAACUACCUGCAAGAGGACAAGGAUAUAGAUGUAUUAGAGUUAAUGGCUUAACUCCAGUAGAUCAGUCUUUAGAGCAAGCUGCAAGUAAAUGUGGUCUUAGCUAUAAUGAUUUAAGCUUACCUACUGAACUGACCGUCUGGGUAGAUCCUAGUGAAGUAUGCUAUAGGUAAGAAAAUACAUACAUUUAUUUUUCU